AUGGCGACCGAGGUGGUCUACCGCGAAACCCGCCGGCGGUACAGGUGGCCCGAAGUACAACUGAACCUGUGGAUAUUUGUUGUCCUUGCGGGAGCCGCGACGGUAUUGGGUAUCAAUGCGUGGUUUAUAUCGGUGCAGAAUCAGUUACGGAUCGGUGUACCUUGGCUGUUCACCUUUGCCGUCGUCGCCGGCGGCCUUACGAUUCUUUUCCUGAUCAUCAUCCUCAUCCUCGCAGCCCGCCGACUGUUGAUCCCCGGCGGUAUCCUGUUAGGCUCAUUCAUCCUAUUCGUGCUCUGGGUGACGACGCUCAUCGAAACCGCCAUCCAACUCUACGGCGAAGGCAACGUCAACAGCAACUGCAACAACUAUGUCACGGGCCAAGAAUAUACGGGUGUCUCGAUAGAGACGUUAGCAUGGCUGACGCAGGAUAAUAUCUGUUCGUGUUGGAAAGCUUCGUUCGCCUGGUCGAUUAUAUUAGCGGUGUUGUUUCUGUGGAUGAUGAUAUUGUCCUGGCAAGUGCAGAAUUAUGAUGACUGA